AUGGCUGACAUCUUGCCUGAAUGUCUCAUUCAAAAAAUACUCUGUUUUCUUAGUUAUACCGAAGCAACACGAAUGAGGAUUCUGUCCAAAACAUGGCUGCAAGCGUGGUCGACUCUUCCCAACUUGGACUUCACUACUAAUCGUUGGGAAGGCAAUACAAUGGUAGAUUAUUCACAGUUAGUGGACACAAUCAUGGAGAGAUAUAGGAAGGGGAAAAUCCCUAUAGAAAGGUUUGAAUUAUUAGAAAACAUUAAUGAUUCUCACAAAGACUUCUACUUCCCUUUGAUUGAUAAGUGGCUUGACAUUGCACUUCAGAAUGGUGUAAAAGAUCUUUUUCUUCAAUUUACAUCAUACCCCACGCCUAUUUUAACAAUCUUGGCAGGAAAAUCUUUAAGAGAAUUGGUUCUACGCUACUGUACUCUUAUGCCUGUUUCGUUAUCUAGUGGGGUUGUGAAUUGCAAUUCUCUGAGAAAGCUUUCUCUAUCUCAUGUAACAUUAGACGAAAACACGUUGGAUACACUAUUUAAUAGUUGUCCCUUGAUUGUCUCUUUCAUCCUUCAGUAUUGUUCGGCGUUGACGAUGACUCUUCGAAAGAUCAAGUCGGAUUCACUAAAGGUCUUGAAGAUUCAUCAUCUUUAUGGGAUAGAGGAGAUUGAUGCUCCAAAUUUGGUAUCACUUGACUAUAUGGGGAAUCAAAUUCCUGAACUUAAAAUGGCAAGAGAGUCAAGCCAAUUGGAGCACUCAAAAAUCACUAUUCUAUGCAGGUCCAGUAAUGCUGCAUGGUUUUGUAAGUUGAAGAAGCUUCUAUCAAAUUCAUCCUCAUCCUCUAAAGUUACCCUUCAAUUUUUCAAUUGCACCGAGAUCAGCAUGACAGAUUUGCAAAUGGACCACAUAGGUUCUAUCCCCCGGGUGGACGUUUUAGAUGUAUAUUGUCCGGAUCAGACUAUGGAGUGCCAAACUUUUGUGGAUGCUUUGCUAUGGAGUUGUCAUCCCAGGAAACUCCAACUAGUAUCAAAUAUUAUUGGAACGAUUACACAUUUCAUCGAUCGUUUAGUGUAUAUGAAGAAUUCGAGUCAUUCCACUUUUCAUAGAAGCACACCUUGGCAUAGUCAAUUAAAAGAAAUAAAAGCUUUUGAUGGAAAAAAUCAGCCGCUGCAACUCAGAAGUGGGGAGCUUGCAAGGACCCUUAACGAGGGGGAGAGAGUUUAUUUUUUAUUAGAUUGGUGA